CAAUCUUUACCUUGUAUGUGCCGCUUCUGCUCUUAGAUCUUUCAUCAUCUCAUAUCGCAUAGAGAAAUGGAAAAGUAGAGAAAUCAAAUUUCUAGUAUGAAGAAAACCUCUUUUUCAUUCUUUUAAUAGCUUUUCUUCCACCACUCGUUCCCUCUUCUUCUUUCAACCUUUGGACUUUGUUUCCUCAGUUUCAUUGUUGAAAUUGUUGGUUGAUGCUAUUUAUUCGAAAGGAUCUAGCAGCAUAUACACGACCUACCUAGUACUACUGAUCAGUCUUCAGACUUGUUGAUCAGACCCCUCACACGCUCGAUGCGAGUUGUACGAAUGACGACCAUCCAUUGAUUGCUUAGAUUCGUUUGGCAGUUUAUCAAUUGAAUAAGUCUGCUGAGAUUCUAUAUUGAGAUUUACCGUUUACACAAAUUGUACAAAUCAUAUUUUAUUUCUAAUCUCGUUUUAUAUUUGAGACGAGAAACAUUCCACAACAAAUCUUAUCCCCUCCGCCACUUAUCCAAUUUCAAUUUCAGAUCCCUUGAGAGAUCUGCGAGUGUCAGAAUACGCCUUUAAGACACGAAAUAUUACCUUUCGAUUAAAUGUCACUUCGAUCCCCUCGAUCACCAACAGAUUUUUCGCGGCGUGGCUUUCAGCCCAUAGACGGCAGCGAUAUGACCGAAAAUAUCCCUCUCACACAAGUGCGAACGGCGGCCUCCUCCACUGGAGCACGGAGAGCCGGAGAAGGAAUAUUAGGAGGGAGUUCGGAAAAUGAUUCAGGUAAAGAUGAUGAGAAGCAGGGAGGAUUUAGAAAAGGAAUCGCAGGUAGAAGAAAAGUCUACCCUGCACGAAGAGGAACAAACGGGGAAGAGAUUGCAGUCAACGGCUUGGGUAGACUCUACAACACGAUCGUCAAUUUCUCGGUAGUUACUCGCUACAUGUUUUACGUUGUGCCUAUUGGUAUUGUCCUCGCCGCGCCCAUCGUCAUUUUCGCUGUUCUAUACCCAAAGGCCACUAUUGGAAAAUUAAAAGUAUACUUGUUCUUUACUUGGAUCGAAAUUAUAUGGCUUAGUAUUUGGGUUUCGAAGUUAUGCUCCAAAGCCGUACCGUAUAUCUUCAUGUUUUUGUGCGGAGUCGUCAGCACUGGUGUACGCAAAUAUGCAUCCAUAUUAAGAGCUUUGGAGAUUCCAUUAUCCUUAGUCGGGUGGGCCAUUACGAACUUGGUUACCUUCACGGCCCUGACGUCUCCGCAGUUAAACAGAAUUACAAAUAAGGAUGGCAAAAACUGGGACGGUACCAUGGGUCCAUGGGUCAACACGAUGAAGCGUGUCCUGGUACCUACGCUGAUCUCUACAAUCUUACUCUUGAUUGAAAAACUUAUCGUUCAAUUGAUCAGUGUCAACUACCAUCGACGAUCCUUCGAUGGACGAAUUAAAGAAUCAAAGCACCUCAUCCACUUGCUCGGCCUCCUCUACGAAGCAUCCCGAACUUUGUUUCCGAUGUAUUGCCCCGAAUUUUCGGAAGAAGAUUACAUUAUUAGUGACAGCAUUGAAGCCGUGCUUCAAAAGACGAACAGAAGACUAAUGGGUCAUAGUCGAGCUGGUUCAAAUGCGCCAUUGAAAAUCAUCGGAGACAUCGGUCGAUUUGGUGACAAAGUUACCUCGGUCUUUGGAAACAUUGCGUCUGAGAUUACUGGAAAGCAAGUUUUCAACCCAAAUUCCGCCCACUCCGUCGUUAUCGAAGCACUUGAGAAGACCAAAUCUUCCGAGGCAUUGGCCAAACGUUUAUGGAUGUCUUUUGUCAUUGAAGGCAAGGAUUCUCUAUACGUAGAAGAUCUCGAGGAGGUCCUUGGUACUGGUCGUAAGAUGGAAGCUGAAGAGAUCUUCAAGGCUUUAGAUAAUGAUGGAAAUGGCGAUAUUUCUCUCGAUGAGAUGAUUAUGAAGGUAGUGGAUAUUGGUCGUGACCGGAAAUCGAUCGCAAACAGUAUGAGAGAUGUUGGUCAGGCCAUUGGUGUACUUGAUCAGGUUUUACUCAUCAUUGUCCUUAUCAUUGUUAUUUUUGCCUAUAGUAAGUUCUAAAUUUUGGCAGCAAAAUACAGUCUCUAACCAUUUGAUUAGUUGCUUUCCAAGACACUGGUUUCCUUGCUACGUUGACAACCGCCGGCACAACUCUAUUGUCUCUAUCCUUCGUUUUCGCUGCCACUACUCAAGAGUUUCUCGGUUCUUGCAUUUUCCUUUUCGUCAAGCAUCCAUAUGAUGUCGGUGAUCGCGUUGAUAUCAGUUCUGAAUAUCUUGUUGUGGAACAGAUAUCUCUACUCUUCACCAUUUUCAAACGUAUUGACAACAUGAAGAUGGUACAGGUACCUAAUAUUGUACUCAACAACCUUUGGAUCGAGAACAUUACCCGUAGCAAGGCAAUGAAAGAACAGCUCGACAUGUUCAUCUCUUUUGAUACCACCCUCGAAGAUGUUGAACUUCUUCGCACGGAGAUGGAGGCUUUUGUCCGUCAUCCAGACAACUCUCGCGACUUUCAAUCCGAUGUUGUAUUGGAAGCUGUGGGUAUUGGCAACAUGGAUAAGCUCCAGCUAAAGGUUGAAAUCAGACACAAGUCUAACUGGCAUAACGAGACGGUUCGCGCUGCUCGUCGCUCCAAAUUCAUGUGCGCUCUUGUUUUGGCCCUGCGCAAAAUUCCAAUCCACGCUCCUGGAGGUGGUGGAGAUGCUCUCGGUGGACCAGCCAACCCUAAUUACUCUGUUUCUGUGACAAACGAAUGGGCUGCCGAAGCUCGGGAGAAAUCAUCAGCCACCAAAGACUCAAAACGCCUCAUACCCACGACACCUCUCAGAAAUACCAAUCCAGAUCUUGGUCCAAUAGACACUGAGGAAGAGGCAGCGGAACAUUUGAAUGCAAGACGUCCGGGAUUAGACUUUGCGCAUAGUAACAGUUACAAUGAUAGCGAUGAUGUGGCGACCUUGGGAGAAGACAAUUUCGAUCAAUACGGCAAUUCAAGGACAUCUCUUUUAAAGAGAGCAAGUACCAGAGGUAGACGAAAGCCUGGAGAGCAUCUACCACCAAAUGCAUUUCAAUCCCCCCCUGGUUUCAGUGUUACAAUCGACGGACCUUCAGGAUCGGGGACUUAUGGAAACUCAUUCAUGAAUGACGGUUCUUCGGGUUCUACUGAAUACAAUUCAUCACAUGGCAGUGGAAGUGGUUAUCAAAAGUAUACACCAUUCCCUGUAAAUCCUUCGGGUCAGCUCGGACGCAAUGCUUCCGUUGCUUCGAGUAGAAGUCAAAACUUGGGCGUUGAUGGAGCUGGUAUGCCUUUAACAUCAGUAUCUCCAUCAUAUCCCGUAGGACAACAAUCCACGGGUAUUAUUUCAAAUUCGGCGGCCGGCACAUCACAAGCUGCUCCUGGUCGGACUUUAGUGGGAGGCGUCCCAACAAAUCGAACUAGAAGCGGGACGACAAGUGGUAGUCAGCCAGUUAUCGACGAGGAAGAAAAAUAAAGGUAUAAAGGAAAGGAAAGGAACACAACAUGGGCUGGGUAGGACUGGGUCUCUUUAAUUUCAGGGUCAGGAGUCAAGCAUGCUAUACCCGGAUAUUCUUGCCGAAAAUUGAUGGGUGGCUGGCAAAAUCUUAACGAAUAUGAACGAUGUUUUCUGUUAGAUAGGUGUUAGCUGUAUCAGCUUCUGCGCAUGUUAGAUUGACUGGAUAAAGUCAAAGUAGAAUCAUAAAUUGGGAGGAUAAAUCUAUGAAUGGACAGAGAAUAUCAAGCAAUCUUUAAGCAAUUUCAAUCAUUUAUUCGGCAUUUAAUGG